AUGGGCUCAUUUUUUGAAGAUUUGGUGUACAAACCACUGGAUUUAAAUUUUGGCCCUGCAACACUAGCUCGAGCGGAUCCUCAUCCUGAUAAGCUCGACCUUUCACUUGGAGUCUAUCGUUCAGAACUGGGCAAACCAGUCCUUUUCAAUGUUGUGGCUGAGGUUCGUGGUAUGAUAGCCAGUGAUAAGGCCCAGAUGGAAGAAUACCUACCAUUAUUGGGUAAUCCGGACUUUUCUGAGGUUUCACGUGACUUACUGUUUAAGACUCCAGACACCGACGAGGCCGAGUACAAGUUACUAUGUGAAAGGAUCUGUUCACUACACACAGCCUCUGCAACCAAUGGAAUCUUUCUCGGCCUAUUACUACUCAAAUAUCACAUCAAGCUUGCAAAAAGAACACAUACAAGCAACCCUUGUUGGGUUGGUUAUCCAACAAUUGUUGAUAAUGUCGGAUUAGAAUAUCAUGAACACAAAUAUCUCAACUUUGUUGAUUCAACUUUGGACCUUGAAGGAAUAUUAUCAUAUUAUGAGACUUUGGAAAGGGGUGACAUUCUGUUGAUUCAGGUAUCGGGACAUAACCCCUGCGGCGUGGAUCCCAAUAGGGAAGAGUGGGAGAGGAUUGGCGAGGUGAUUAAGAGAAAGGGCCUAAUUCCAUUUCUAGAUAUUGCUUACCAGGGUUAUGCUUCAGGCGACAUUGUUGAGGACGCUUACCCUAUUAGGAUGUUUGCCGCUUUAGAGGUUGAUUUCUUUGUAUCGCAUUCAUUUUCUAAGAUGAUGACCAUUUAUUCUGGUAGAUUAGGGUGUUUGCACGUGGUUUUGGGGAGGAAAGAUGAAAGAUUGCGUGAGAAUCUUAUAUCGAAUUUGCGCCACAUGGCCAGAGGAAUUCAUGGAACGCCUGUUCGUCUAUACUCUGAGAUAGCUCUCAAGAUACUGACUACACCCUCGCUGAAGGAGAGGUGGCUGGAGGAGCUGAGGGGCGCAUAUAUGCGCAUCAAAAAAGCUCGCGAACUACUGUACAAGCGCCUCAACGAGCUAAAAGUUCCGGGAAAAUGGGAACACGUAAUUAACCAAAAGGGUAUGUUCUGCUACCUUAACAUAUCCGAACGGCUAGUCCACAGGUUAAGGGAAAAGCAUCACAUUUACCUAAUUUUCAAUUCAAGGAUUUGUAUAGCGCAAUUAAAUGAUAAAAGGGUUGAAAUAUUCGCCAAAGCUUUGAAGGAUGUGCUGGAAAAUGAAUAA